CCAGUUUUUAGCACGGCAUUUGACAAUUCUAAGGGAAAUCCCAUUUGGGUUCUGGUCCAUUUUUUGAGUUGCAGACUUUUGGGAAUCUGGAUCUUUGUAAUAAUUUUCAAGUGGAUCCUUGGCCAAUACAUUCAUCGGGGGUGGAAAAGAGAAGGAACUUUGAUAGGCAAGCAUGGGGAUUCAUCUACAUUAGACGACUCACCGGUCGUGGAACUGACCGGUAAAAUAAUGGUGGUAGCCAUCAUAGUGCUCUUCGUUGUUGUGGUGUUUGUCCUUUUUCUCCACCUCUACGCCAAAUGGUUCUGGUGGCGCAUUGAAGGAUCCAACCCUUCUGCUUCUCGUCGCAGCCGCAGACGCCGCUUCGUCUUCGCCCCAGGCCAGGACCCGGCGAUCGCCGCCACCCUGAGAAGAGGGCUCGACCCCUUAGUCCUCCGCUCACUCCCCGUAGUGACAUUCGAUCCAAAUGAUUUCAAAGAUGGGUUGGAAUGCGCGGUUUGUCUCUCUGAGCUAGUACCAGGAGAGAAGGCUAGGCUGCUCCCCAAAUGCAAUCAUGGGUUCCAUGUUGAUUGCAUUGACAUGUGGUUCCAGUCCCACUCCACCUGCCCGCUUUGCCGAGACCCAGUUGCUCCUGAAAGCUCCGAGGCCAGCAACAAUCAUAGUGUCGAGGUACAAGAGGAUAUCGAGUCCUCAGGAGAUAAUUCAGUCGCUGGGUAUUCUGUCGAAUCUCCAAAUUUCCCCACAAACGUGCUGUUUUGGGGAAACCAGGCUCGGGUAAGUUCUGGGGGCGCUUGUUUGGAAGAAGGUCCUUCUUCUCAAGCCCCUCCUUGUCCAUCGCCUUCUUCGUCAUCAGCAGUUAAUAGCAGGCCAUCGGACGGAAUGUUGGUGAUUGACAUACCAAGGCCGAUGACUGAGAAUUUGUCAUCCUUAUCCCCUUCGGCAAGCAGGUUUGCCGAGGAGGAAUCGAAGUCGCCCCUGCCUGCAAGACUGAGGUCAUUGAAGAGGCUUUUGAGCAGGGAUAGAAGGGCAAGUCCUUGUAGUCCCGGUUCUGUUGAUGUUGAGCAAGCAGGGAGAGCACAGACAUAGAAGCAAGUCCUUGGUAAUUAGAUUGAACAUAUUUGCUAGUACAGGCUAUAGAUGCGAAUUCAGUUCAGGAUUAUUUUAAGAAAUGUUUCUGGCGAUGAGAAAUUGUUAUUUGGAAGGUCUUGAUGACAUCCCGUUCUACCAUCCUAG